AUGAACAGUGAUGCUGUUCAGGCAAGCAAUAACACCCGUCGCCGUGACGACCAUCAUUUCGCUCCCACUUGCAUCCUCACAACAACACACCUAAUACUCCACAUCAACAUAGUCGCACCCGCACCUGAAACUCCAUCAUCCUCGCACAACUUGCUAUUCAGCAGUCAGCUCCGUGAAGGUGAAAAAUCUCGAGGCGAGAACAAGAUGUGCAACCGCCUCAAAACCCUGCACUCAGUCUGUGGGCACAUAGUAGCCCAACCCAUCAACGCCUGUGAUACCGAUGUCGCCGCAACUGGCCAUGUCAAUGUCAACGUCUCAGAGAAUAGCAAUUCUUCCAUCAAGAGUCCUCCUCCUCCUACAACACCUCCCUGGCGUCCCAGUUCCUUUGUCCGCUACUUCCUCUCCGACUCCGAAAUCCAGCGCCUCAGGGCCCCAGUGGAAGAGAAGCGACGCAAUGCCCGUGCACCAGUAAAACGGCAACGACAACAAUCUGCAGCUACAACUGCUGCUGCACAUCGUGAGUCUCCCGCAUCAGCAUCAAAGGCCGCCCAGGAGCACAAAGGCAACCGAGAAGCGAUUUCACCUCCUUCCGGAGUCAUCAAGACCCUGCUGCACCGACAACAAAUCCAAAUCGUCUCCUCUAGGGAAAACGACAACGUCCACGAUUUGAUCGACAUCUAUGUUUACGGCCCCGCUUCGUCCAAGGCAACAUAA